ACCAUCUACCUCCUUUUCCCAUUUUGCCAUUUAUAUCAAUCAAACCGCCAUUGCAAGAUGCUCUCCACUUCCGAUAUCGGUCCUAUAUCACAGCAAUACUCGGCAGCUGCUACUGUACCCCUCAUCAAAUCACCUUCCUUAUGGCUUCCCAAACCUGUAGAACUGCCAACCGAUAUCCACCCCCUGCCUGAAGACAUCACCGCCUAUUUUGUGUACCCGUUCACACUGGAGGAGCACGUCCGGCAGCAACAUCCUUCGCCGCACGAAGCCAUCGCCCAAAGACGUGCGCGCUUGGCGGAAGUGUUGCAUCAGAGAGAAGAAGAGGAGGAGCGUAAAGAGAAAGAUGAAUUGAGAAGAAUAGCCCCAGGGUACAACCCUUCUUCCCUGCUCGUACCGACUUCCACAAACCAUACGCCCAGCACAUCUAUACCCCAAUCUCACGGCGGCCAACCAGCACUAUCAUCCUUAUCCAGGGCUGUAUCUGGAUCCGAAGGGGGAGAUGCGAGGGAAGGGGCAGGAGGGGAUCCGAUGGAUGAUCUGGUAGCGCGGUUGGAAGAGAUGGAGGCGAAGAGAUGAUCAUUCGUCAUGACGCGUGGAGGUCUGGCGGGCAGGUGCCAGCAGUUUGUAGCUAUGAAGGUUGUACAGUACGAGUAUGGUGUAUGCAUAUGUGAGUCAAUCUUCGA